UUGAGACUAUGUACAUAGAAUUAUUUACUUAUUUAUCAUACUAAAUAAAUUCAAAUAAAACUGUAGAGGUAAUACAGAAAUAAGUAACAUAAUUUUUGCACGCGACAUUCUUAUAAGUUUUUGGAAGUUGAACAUACAUACAUAAAUAAAUCAAACUACAUUUACAGUUACUUUACAUAAUAAUAUACUGAAUUUUUAAUUUACGGUGAUUUAUGUAUGUAUGUAUAUACACAUAUCACACUCAUGGGUUGGUUUAUAAAGUACAUAGAUUUACUGGUAAGCAAUAAGCAUACACGUAAAACAGUUCUACUUAUAAAUAUAUUUACGUUUGUAAUGUGCUGAUCCAUCAUAAACCCAUUAUGCUCUAUUAAGUAUUUCUGUAAGCACAGUGCACCUUGGAAAUGUUGGAGUUUCAUACACUAAUAGGUGAGAGUGAAAGGUUUACAAAAAUUCUUGAAGCGUUUGUACUGUAGAAAACACACCCUAUUACGACCAAAACGUGUCAUCAGGCUAAUAUGAGGCAUUGAGCCCAAUUUUAGAAAGUACUUCUUAUAAAUCCUGAGAAGGCGGAAUCCCUCAGUUACAAUCUUUCUUUACCAAGAGGAAGUCCUAUCAAGCCAACAGCUUCCAGGGAAUGCAUAAGUUUCGACUCGAUUACAAGAUUUAUAUAAGUUAGUCAUGAAUUUGACAUUUUUUAUAACUGCGUCGAUCGCCCUCACAAUUCAGAAAUAUGCGGAUAAAUAUCGGGAAGAGGAUUUGAGCAAGACCCUGGCAGAUUUAGAAUCGGAUAGAAGCCUUCCUAGAAUUAAGACUUACGACUUUAUUAUCGUUGGAGGCGGAGAAGCAGGAUGUUUGUUGGCUGGGAGGUUAUCGGAACAUUUUAGCGUUCUCCUACUUGAAUCUGGUGGGAGCCCUGUACCAGCGACGUAUAAUCCCUACUUGGAUCUUCAAGUAGCCGCCCAUCCCGCCAUUAACUUUAUGUAUCCUUCGGUUAGGCAGGAGAAUUUUGCAGGAGAAAAUGGAGGGUUUAUCACCGUUCCUACUGGGCGAAUGCUGGGUGGAUCCGGAUCUCAUAAUGCGUUCGUUUACAAUCGCGGCUCUCCUUUGGAUUACGACCAUUUUGCAAAUUUAACUGGCGACGAGUCUUGGUCUUAUCGGGAAAUGUUGCAACACUUUAAAUCCUUUGAAAGUUUUCAUGGAAAACUCAUUCACGAAGAGGAAAGAGCGCAAUAUUACGGUACAACUGGUCCUCUGUUUACGGAGACGGAUUGGCCACCAUUGGUUGAUGGCUGGCUACGUUCCGGGGAAGAAUUAGGGUUUCAGAUUGGUGACUCGAAUGGCUUUCUGGAGGAUGGAUUUUCUCCGGAGGUGAAAUUAGUCAAAAACGGGGAGCGAGUCAGCAGUUUCACCGCUUUCGUCAAACCAUUCGAAUCUACCAGAACUUUAUUAAAAGUCCUUCGAUAUUCUGAUGUGCAAACGGUUCUUAUCGACGCUCACAAAAGAGCUUACGGCGUCACCUAUUUUCGUCACGGGAUUCCCCAAAUUGCUCACGCCUCUAAGGAAGUUAUCAUCUCUGCCGGGACAUUUUCCUCCCCGCUACUCCUCAUCAGGUCUGGAAUAGGACCGAGAGAAGUCCUAACAAAAGCUGGCAUACCGGUGACACAAGAUUUGGCAGGAGUUGGACAAAAUUUUCGAAACCAUCCCACAAUUCGACUUAGUUUCAACAUUGGACGCCCGGACUGGACCUUGUUUUCUUUGCUGGGAGAAUCCCAAGUGGAGAAAGAGCUCACCCUUUACCAAAACGGAGACGAACGUAAAGGAUUCUUCACCGAGAUGGAUUUCUCACCGCAAGCAUUUCUUGUGUCAAAGGUGGCAAAAUCUCGAGGGGAGAUCACCUGGCCAGAUAUCAGGAUAAUGUUGAAUCAACAUCCAGCCAUGGUUGGAAACGAGUGGACUGUCACUAUGGGGGUUGUUCUGACAAGGCCCAUGUCCGUUGGUAGGAUUGGCUUCAAUGUGACUGAAUACUUAUCUUCAGGUGGUGAUUCCGCAGCUGGCGAUGUGAAAAUGGCAGUUGUUGACCAUCGUCAAUUGUCACGGGAAGAAGAUAUUGAAGCAAUAAUGGAGGGGCUCCGGCUGGGGUUGAAGGUCAUGGAAGAUACGAGCACGUUCAAAGCCAUGAACGUACGCUGGAGAUCAGAGGAUUCUCCAGUAGCAUGUGCGGGUUUGCCCCUUCGAUCAGACGCGUACUGGCGAUGCUACAUAAAACAAAGGGGAGGAUUGACGCAUCAUUUUUCAGGAACCUGCAAAAUGGGCCGGAAUUCUGAUCCGCUCGCCGUGGUGGACUCGAACCUUAGGGUGCGUGGAAUUCAAAAUUUGCGAGUGGCUGAUGCCAGUAUCCUUCCCCAACCAAAUGAUGCCACCAUUGUCGCACAAGUGAUGGUUACUGCAGAGAAAUUGGCGCGAGACCUACUAAGAGUGCAUCAUCGUCGCUGAAAACACAUAUAACUUUAAUUAAGUUGCGUCGUCGAAAUAAACACUUAAAAAGAUAGAAAGCCAAAUAUAAUUAUUAUGUAGAUUAAUUAUUAAUUCAUUUACGAUUCUGCAAUUACAUCCAUAAAAUGCAGCACUUUCAAUCAGUACAAUUAUCAUACAAGUAGUUCACCAUAAACAUUGAUUAUGCAAAUAAAUAUCUUUUUGAUAUUUUUGCAAGUCAUUCCCAACAC